AUGGAAGAACGCAAGAGAAGAGCAGAGACUUUGGUGGAGUGGAAGAAACUGGAGGAUGCAAGAAAGGAGGAAAACAAGGCACGACGGGAUCAUUAUCACAUGGCCGUAGAGGUUUGGCAAGUCGAGAAGGCUCGUGCACGAGCUGAAAAGCAGAAGUUUACCAAGAAGAAACCUGCUUUGGGCAAGUUAGUUGCUGCAAUCCCGCGGCCAAAGGUUGGCUCACAUGAAGAGGAGGGUGAAAUGAGCGGAGAGGAGUUUGAUAUUGAUGACAUUGAUUCAGAUUUGAGCACUGAAUGUGGUGCAACGCACCUUGUCGACAGUCUCUGA